UCAUAGAAUGAACAGAGUGACAAUGGCUGCUUUCUCCUCAAAGUCUACGAAAAAACACGGUGUCCGGUCGGUUAGUUUCCCUGCUCGAUCGCAUCCGAGCACGCUUCGAUUGGAGGAGGAACUGAAUAAGCGUAGGUGUUGGCAGGGUGCUUCAUCAUCAUCAAAUGCUGAAACACUUUGCACCGGUCUAUUCGGCCUAGCAGAGUUGUAUAUUUGCAUAGAGGAUCUUCUGAAUUUGCCCCUCACUCGGCAAGCUUUAGCUCAGCAUCACAGUGAGGAAUGGGAAAAUGCAUUGCUGGAUUGUUCGUUGAAGCACUUGGAUCUAUGCGGUAACACGAGGGAUGCCGUUCUGUCGAUGAAACAAAGUGCUCGAGAACUUCAAUCGGCUCUUCGACGAAGCAAGGCAGGGGAGCUAAGCAUUGAAAGCAAUAUCAGUGGUUACAUCUCCUGUAGGAAGAAUAUGAAGAGGGAAAUUGCCAAUUCUCUUGCAUCAUUGAAGCAAAUGGACGACAUUUUCGGUGACUUUCCCCUGUUAGACCAAAACCGUCACCUGUUCGCGGUCGCUGAGUUGCUUAAAGAAGCAAGUCUGAUCACUGCUUCAAUCUUUCACACCUUACUAUCGUUCCUCUCUCCAUCGAGGCUGAAGCCAAAGCCCUCGAAGUGGUCAUUGGUUUCGAAGUUGGUGCGGAAGGGUUCGACAGACGAGCAUAAAAUGAAUGAAUUAGACAGAGUCGAUGUUGCGGUUAGCAACUUACUGAUGCAGGGUUCGAAAGAGGACUCUGAGGAAAAGAGAUUUCAAUCAGCACUGCUGAAUUUGGAAUCUUUGGAUGGUGUGUUUGAAAGUUUUUGAAGAUGGAUUAGAGUGCUUGUUUAGGAGCUUUCUCCAUGCUAGAGUAUCUUUCCUCAACAUACUUCCUCAUUAGGAUUUUUAUGUCCUCCAAUCUAUUGAGAUUCGAGAGGUGGAUCAACAACACUGACAUGUAAUUUCAAAUGUCUCACCUACGGGAGAUUAUGUACAGUUGUUAUAGGGUGCAUUACUUGAUACAUUGCUGAAGCAGAGCAUUUGUACAUUUUGUUAAGUUCCAUCACUGAAUUCA